GUCAGACACAGCGAAACGGUUGUUUGGUCCAAUAAGAAAGUGCGGCAGCGUUAACGGCGGACAACAACAAACAGUUUUAGUCACAAAAAAAUUAAUAAUAAUAACAACAAAACGGGCGGACAGACAAAUCGACUAAAAGCGAAUUCAAACAAAUAAACACUCCGUGAAAUAACAAACAAACACCACUCACGAAUGACAAUCAUCACAGCGUGUUAGUUGGGACGGCUGCUCCACGACUCUCCACUCACUUUGGAGUUCGCACACGUCUUUCUCGACACAAUUUCUUUCGUAUACAAAAAAAUUAAACAUCUUAGUCGAUUUGUUGCUGGCGAAUCGGUUUUUUUUACUUCUUUAAUUUUUUUCGCUUGCGACCCAAAAGAAAACGUCUCUGACAAGUCAUUUCCCAAUUUAAAGAAAAAUUUUGGUCUAUGUUUUUUUUUUGAUACAUAUUUCGGGAUAGUGCAAAUAAGCAAGCCUACCGUCACCCCAACCCACACACAAAAUGUUCGAAAGUGUCUACAACAACAACAAGAAAAAUGGAAAAUACCUAUAAAUCAAAAAUAAAAUCUUAAAGAAAUAAAAAAGAAGAAGAAGAAGGAAAAGAGUCUUGUGAAAAUUGUGUGUGACAACAUUUCGGUUUUUCCUGCACAUGGUGUCUGUCGGUGCAUGUGCGUGUGUCGGGGCCGUUCUAUGGCAAAGUAUUUAGAAAUGUAGAAAAGCAAAACAAAAUAAGAAAAUAGAAAAUAACUCUCAAAUUAAUAUAAAAAUACAAACCCACGCUCCCCACUCACGCAUAUUUCGUGCUCCAUCCUUCCUUCCGGUAUUUUAAUUUCAAUCCCCCACCCAGGAACAGGGAUAAUAACAGCUACAAUAUCCCUUAACGUCAUAAGGAUAGCAAGGAGUCGAACAGGAGUAGAAAGUUCAAAAUUUGCCUCAAGGUGCAGCCCAACUUUGCCGUUCAAAAUGAAAAUGUUGUUAGCUUUUCCACGCUGGUGUCCUUGUUGUUGUUGUUACUGUUGGUUUUCCAGUGAAAAACAUUCAUAAGAAUCUCAUCAUCAGCAGCAGCAGGAGCAGCGUCAUCAACAACACCAGAGGAUUUAAACACGACAAGAAGAAGAACCACAACAACGACGAGUUUCCUUCCCCCAAAAGAUACGAUUCCUGCAAAGACAUCAUCAAACCAGGCCCAGCCCAGCCCAGUCAAGCAACGCAACGCACUACUCAUUGCUGCCACAUCCAAAGCCACAGCAAUAUCCAGACGAAGCAUUGGUCAAUAAAGUUCCUAAAUAAAAUAAGUCAGGAAGUCCUUAAAAUUCUUUAUGUUCGAUAUGAUGGCAUGAAAUCCCUGAAAACAUUCUGAAAAUCGAUGAUUAUUUGCAAGGAAGUUUUUUCCCAAAUUCCUUGGAAACAUUCUCAAUUUCUGUCCAGAGAUACAAUGAUGUUAAAGGCAAUUUAGAAGUUCUCUACGCAAGGCAACACCUAAAAACCCCAAACACACAAAAGACAGUACCGUCUCCAACAUCAUGAGAGGUCGUCGCAUACCAUUGGCCCUACCCAAUACGGGGACAUUGCAUCGCAAGCGGAACACCUAUUAUUUGCGUGGCAUUAUUGUGAUAACCCUUGUAAUAUUUCUAUUCCUGCAGCUGCAUGCUUUUAAUUUUCCUGAAUCCCGUGAUCCUCUGCUAACAGAACCGACCAAUGACUCGGUUGAUGCCAUACUGUCGAUGGUGCCAUCGGUGCUACACAAAUUCCUGCAGCCCAAGACACGUAAUCAAACCUUAGCAGCCAGUUUACACCAAAAUGGUACACUAAUUAACGGUAUGUUGGCCGGUGGAGGUGUCGGUGGUGUUGGUGGCGGUGGUGGCUUGGUUAGUUUUGUCGAUUUAUAUCAUCCACCAAAUAUCAGUGAAAUUAAACGACAAAUUGCCAAAUAUAAUGACAUGCAAUUAGUUUUAAAUGAAUACACCUUUGGUCCGUUACAAAAUGAUUCUGUGAUAAUUGUAAUACAAGUUCAUACUCGUAUUAUAUACCUACGCCAUUUGAUCGUGAGCCUGGCACAGGCUCGUGAUAUUUCUAGAGUUCUAUUAAUAUUUUCACAUGAUUUUUAUGAUGAAGAUAUUAACGAUUUAGUCCAGAGUAUAGACUUUUGCAAAGUAAUGCAAAUAUUUUAUCCAUAUUCAAUACAAACACAUCCAAAUGAAUUUCCUGGCGUUGAUCCGGAUGAUUGUCCACGUGAUAUUAAAAAAGAUCAAGCAAUCAUUCGGAAAUGCAACAACGCCUUGUAUCCAGACUUAUAUGGCCACUAUAGAGAGGCCAAAUUUACGCAGACCAAACAUCAUUGGUGGUGGAAGGCGAAUCGGGUAUUCGAUCAGCUGGAAGUUACAAAAUAUCAUACAGGACUGGUGCUAUUCCUGGAAGAGGAUCACUAUGUGGCCGAAGAUUUCCUAUAUCUGCUGGAAAUGAUGCAGCGGCGGACAGCAGAUCUGUGUCCCCAAUGUAAUAUACUGUCGUUGGGCACGUAUUUGAAAACCUUCAACUACUACACCUACAAUAGCAAGUCCAAGCAGAAAUCAUUUAGCAAUGCUGCGCCAGCAUCUACUUCGCUGUUGUCGUCUAACAAUCUCUUAGGAUAUCAUAGGAAUAGAAAAUCACUACAAAUAUCAUCGCAAACAGCUUUAAAGACAUCAUCCAAUAACAAUAACAACAACUACAACAACAAUAACAAUCAUAAAUUCUAUAAUGAACAAAAGACAAAAACUAGUCAGAAUUUGAAAUCAUAUGUGGGUGAUACAAAUCCCAAUUCACAACAACAGCAACAACAACAUGGCACCUCUUCUCUCAUCACAACCUCAGCGAGCACCACAACCAAAAGCACUUCUCAAACUCAGGGUGCACAACAGACGUGGAGUUAUCAUGUCUUGCCAUCAUUGUAUUCUGUCUAUCAGAAGGUUGAGGUGAUGCCCUGGAUAAGCAGCAAACAUAACAUGGGAUUUGCUUUCAAUCGCACCACCUGGACCAGCAUACGAAAAUGUGGCAAACAUUUUUGUUCGUACGACGAUUACAACUGGGACUGGUCACUGCAGCAUGUGUCCCAGCAGUGCUUGCAAAGGAAACUGCAUGCCAUGAUUGUCAAAGGUCCAAGGGUGUUUCACAUCGGGGAAUGUGGCGUCCAUCACAAAAAGAAAAACUGCGAAUCAAAUCAGGUAAUUUCCAAGGUGCAACAGGUUUUGCGCAUUGCCCGUAAAUCGGGACAAAUUUUCCCCAAAUCUCUAACGCUGACAGUGGCAAGUCUGAUUAAAAAAACCAAAUUACGCAAAGGCAAUGGCGGUUGGGGUGAUCGCCGGGAUCAUGAUCUAUGCAUGAAUAUGACUUUACCAAUUAGAUGAAUUUAACAAAAAACAAAAAAAAAAAACAAAUCAGAAAACUAAAAUAAAUUAAUUUCAAUUCUUUUUUCUACAAAACAAAAUAUUCAAAU